AUGCCCCCAACCAUUCCCACAAUCCAGCAUCCCCCCACCAUUCAACAACCAGCAUUCCCCCACCAUUCCACAUACAGCAUUCCCCCCCACCAUUCACAAUCAGCAUCCCACCAUUCCCACAAUCAGCAGUCCCCAACACCAUUCCCACCAAUCAGCAUUCCCCCACCAUUCCCACAAUACCCUUCCCCCACCAUUCCCACAAUGCAGCAUUCCCCCACCAUUCCCACAAUCCCAGCAUUCCCCCCACCAUUCCCACCAUCCAGCAUUCGCCCCACCAUUUACACAAUCCAGCAUCCCCCACCAUUCCCACAAUCCAGCAUUCCCCCACCAUUUCAACAUCAGCAUUCCCCCCACCAUUCCCACAAUCCAGCAUUCCCCCACCAUCCACAAUCCAGCAUUCCCCCCACCAUUCCCCCACCACUCCAGCAUUCCCCCCACCCUUCCAAAAUCAAGGAUUCCACCACCAUUCCCACAAGCAGCAUCCCCCCACCAUUCCCACCAUCCAGCAUUCCCCCCACAUUCCCACAAUCCAGCAUUCCCCCCACCAUUCCCACCAAGCCAGCAUUCCCCACAUUCCCACAAUCCAGCAUUCCCCACCAUUCCCACAAUAAAGCAUUCCCCCCACCAUUCCCACAAUCCAGCAUUCCCCCCACCAUUCCAACAAUCCAGGCAUUCCCCCACCAUUCCCACCAAUCCAGCAUUCCCCCCACCAUUCCCACAAUCAGCAUUCCCCCACCAGUCCCACAAUCCAGCAUUCCCCCUGCACCAUCCCCACAAUCCAGCAUUCUCCCCACCAUUCCCACAAUCAGCAUUCCCCCACCAUUCCCACCAAUCCACGCAUUCCCCACAUUCCCACAAUCCAGCAUUCCCCCACCAUUCCCACAAUCAAGCAUUCCCCCCACCAUUCCCACAAGCCAGCAAUUCCCCCACCAUUCCCCCACAAUCAGCAUUCCCCCCACCACCCACAACCAGCAUCCCCCCCAUUCCCACCAAUCCAGCUUUCCCCCACCAUUCCAACAAUCAGCAUUCCACACCAACAUUCACACCCAUCCAGCAUUCCUCCCACCAUCCCACAAUCCAGCAUUCCCCACACCAUUCCCACAAUCAGCUUUCCCCCCACCAUUCCACAAUCCAGCAUUCCCCCACCAUUCCCACAAUCCAGCAUUCCACCACAUUCCCACCAAUCAGCCAUUCCCCAACCAUUCCAACAAUCCAAGCAUUCCCCCAACCAUCCCACAAUCCAGCAUUCCCCCACCAUUCCCAAAUCCAGCAUUCCCCCCACAAUUUCCCAACCAAUCCAGCUUCCCCACCAUUCCCACAAUCCAGCAUUCCCCCCACCAUUCCCACCAAUCCAGCAUUCCCCCCACCUUCCCACAAUCAAGCAAUUCCCCACCAUUCCACAAUCCAGCAUUCCCCCCCCAUUCCCACAUCCAGCAGUCUCCCACCAUUCCCACCAAUCCAGCAUUCCCCCACAUUCACAACAAUCCAGCAUUCCCCCACCCAUUCCCACAAGCCAGCAUUCCCCCCACCAUUCCCAAUCCGCAUUCCCCCCACAUCCCACAAUCCAGCAUUCCCCCCACAAUUCCCACAAUCCAGCAUUCCCCCCACCAUUACCACAAUCCAGCAUUCCCCCACCAUUCCCACAAUCCAGCAUUCCUCCCACCAUCUCCACAAUCCAGCAUUCCCACACCAUCCACAAUCCAGCAUGCCCCCCACCAUUCCCCCCACCAUUCUCCACAAUCCAGAAUUCCCCCCCACCAUUCCCACAAUCCAACAUUCCCCCACCAUUCCCACAAUCCAGCAUUCCCCACCAUUUGUGCCCCACAACUCCACAGGGUAUCGUUGCAUGUCGCAGGAGCACAAUACACCAUUGUCAACAAAAAAAUAUCAGGUAAACACUUGACAGAAUACACCAGCACUAGAGCUAAGGGGGUGGAGCUAGCUGACGUCACACAUUUCUAG